AUGGCUUGGAGCUCCACAAGAAUGAAAUGGGUCUUCAUGUUUGUGCCUCUAUUCUUGUUUCAUCUGGCUUUCACAACCGCCACAGAAGACGGUUUAGUACCAAAUGGAGAUUUUGAAGCAAGUCCAUCCAACGGUUUCCCAAACGAAGCAAUAGUAGAGGGACCCAUCGAAGUCCCAAACUGGAAAUCAAACGGCACCGUUGAGCUAGUGGAAUCAGGGCAAAAACAAGGUGGAAUGAUCCUCAUAGUACCACAGGGUAGACACGCAGUAAGAAUCGGUAACGACGCUGAAAUAAGCCAAGAAUUACCGACGAUAGACUUGCAGACACUGUAUAAUGUUCAGGGUUGGAAUCCUUAUGCGGUUUCUUUUAAUGCGGAUGAGGAUAGUUUUAAGUUGGUGUUUAAGAAUCCGGGCAUGGAGGAUGAUCCUACUUGUGGGCCCAUUAUUGAUAACAUUGCUAUCAAGAAGCUUUUCACUCCUGAUAAGCCCAAAGACAAUGCAGUAAUUAAUGGUGACUUUGAAGAAGGUCCAUGGAUGUUUCGAAACACGUCAAUGGGGGUCCUACUUCCAACAAACCUAGACGAAGAAACUUCGUCGCUCCCAGGUUGGAUAGUCGAAUCAAACCGAGCCGUUCGCUAUAUUGAUUCCGAUCAUUACGCGAUUCCUCAAGGACGGAGAGCCAUUGAGCUUCUCUCAGGAAAAGAAGGUAUCAUAUCUCAAAUGGUUGAAACCAAACCUGAAAAGCCAUAUACCUUAACUUUUUCAUUAGGCCAUGCUGAUGACAAAUGCAAAGAGCCUCUUGCUGUUAUGGCCUUUGCUGGUGACCAAACUCAGAACAUUCAUUACACGCCGAAUUCGAAUUCUACCUUUCAGGUUUCUAACCUCAAUUUCACUGCCAAAGCUGAUAUGACUAGAAUUGCUUUCUAUAGUGUUUACUACAAUACUAGAAGUGAUGAUAUGACCUCUCUUUGUGGCCCUGUUGUGGAUGAUGUGAGGGUUUGGUUUUCUAGGUCUAGCAGGCUUCGCGGGCUGGGCUUUGUAAGACUUGGGCUUGGGAUUUUGGGUUUAGUGUUGGUUCUUGUUUAA